ACCGCCUAGCUUCGCAGCAUUCUUGUUCCUUGGGUUGUUGUCACACUCGUUUUGGUUCCUUGCUCAAUCCUCCCAUCCCCCAUGGUUCCUCUGGUUGUUUGAGAAUCCCUUCUACGAUUUCAGCAGGCGCCACGUAACGCUGCACGGGGUUGUCUAAGAAGUGCUGUAGUGUGGACCGCAUAGUCACCGCCACUUAUCGGCAGUAAUUAGUCAGCGCGUGCUAGGGCUAGGUGCAAUCUGCACGAGAGCUGUUUAUUCUUGAAACGCAUCGUUACAUAUUUCCGUCGUUCCCCGUAAGCUCGUCAAAAUGUUCGACAAUGGCGAAUCUCUGUGGUCGUUCAUUACAAUCAUAGUGUGCAUAGCGUUUACUGUACUCGCGUUCCUCUGGAUGCACUUCUGCUACUUCCCGGGCGGCUACAAACGGAGCGAGGUCAUGGACAUGGGCGAGUACGCAAUGAUAGUUGCCGCCCAGCGGCUAAACAAGCUCGAGGAUAAAUCCAAGGAAGGCCAGCCGGAAGACGCGGACGAGUUGUACUACGAGCGGAAUCCCGGCGAAAUGGACGGCGAGGGAGGCGGAGACUGGCAGAGCCAGGCGGAUGCUGACGUGGAGCAACCUGGGGAGUAUUACGAGGAGGAGGAGACGCCGCGAUACGACCCAUCGGUAACCACCCCCUCGUCGCAACCAUCAGCCGGGGAUCGCGACACCGCCAGCUACCGGGACGACCGGAGCGAUUCGACGUACGCCGCCUCAACACCGCACUCGGGCGGCUAUUACUACUGAGACGCCCGCCCGGCUGUUUUCCUGCUGCCCGCCCCAGUCUCCUCUUUCGUCGGCUAUCCAUGUUACCAGCGUCAAGGUCGUCGAGCUCGUUAGCUGCUGGUCGGAUUCGAGCUGUAACGGAGCUCCUAAACUGCAGCAAAACAGCCCUCAAUUUAACGAGCUGUUACGAGCAUCUCUCUGGGCAACUUACCUUCCCUUCCAUGUAUCUGCUACCCGGCCCAAGUCAGCUGGCAUUCAAGACACUGAAGCAGGCUUUCAGGCUCUCAACCAGUACAAUGCUUGAUAUGAUUGCUGUAAUUCUUUCUUUGAUUGUAUAACGCGACAAGUCUGCUUGUGGUUGUUUGUGGCGAGACAUUGGAGAUGGUAGUCGGGUCGGGUACUACGAACCUCAUAAGCGAGGAGUAAGGGGAUUACGACGAACCAUGGCUUUCAAUCCCA